AUGGAUCCUCUCAGCAUCACCAGCGCCUCAGUCGGGCUGGCCGCUGCUGUCUACAAGUGCGCGAUUGAAGUCAAAAGGAUUGUUGGCACAAUCACCGACGCUGCCGACUCGCUCUCGGAUCUAGCUGAGGAAGCUCAAUUAAUUCAGGGAGCACUACAGGGCGUUGAGGAUGCCCUCGUGACAAUCAAGAAGCAAUAUCGCGAUACAAGGUUGAAGACGUUUUCUCAAUCGCAGUCAAGGGCUGCCGUGCAACUUUGGCAUGCAUCAAGCAAGAGUUUGAGCUACUCUUCAAUCGAAGUGACUGGAAAUCUCGAUUUCUGGAGCUCGGUACGAGAGGUUCAAGCUCUGGUAGCUAAGAAUCAAGGUGCUUUAACAGUCGCCAAGGAGGACAUUACAGCUCUUAUACCAACAUAUUGGAGUUGUCGCGACACCAUCUUAGACUCCCUUGACAAAGAAACAGUCGAUAGCGUCUAUGCAGACUCGGACAACCGAGAAAGCAAGUUGAGCACAACCGAAUUUGACAUUGAUUACGAACUUAUCAAUACGCGGGUCUAUCGUCGGGCUCUUGCUAAAGCCCAACGUCAGCGGAGUCGACCUCGGACAGAUCUUGACCACCCUGCCCUAGAUCUAAACGAUGGGAACAUGGAGCCGGUUGAGGAUCUCAUUGACUUGAGCUGGGAGCCGAGUCCAAAAACUACUUUGAUGCCAUCACAUAUACCCUCCCAGUCCUAUACAGACCUAGCAGGUCUACAGUUCAUGCCGAUGGCUGCGCACAACGCAGUAGCUGACGCUGGACGACAAAAUGAAACGCAACAGGACGAUCCAAUACCUAACGAGGUGCCACACACGCUGGAUCCCAACAGCAGCAACUCGCCCGCUGGACCUUCGAAGACAUAUCGUAUACCUUUUGACGAUAUCUCUACAGGUAGUAACAAGGCCACCAAUUCACAGACCUCUUUACUCAUUGAAUACUUCGAAGGUGGAAGAGGUAAGGCCGGUCCCAACAGUAAGCGUCCUUCGGUUAGAGUCCGCCUGUACCCUAGUAAGAAGAUAGUUUCGGCAAAAAAACAUCCAGAGACCAGCCGGAUUGACGCUGCUUCCAGCAUACCCAGCACUGACAUGAGACCUGGGACUCAAAACUAUACCAGCAGUACACAACCUAGCCAGAGUACCCAAGCCGACAAAGGAUCACCCUCGUCUAUAAACAACCCCAAACUACUUGAAGACAUCGAGGAUGAUAUAAGAAGACUAAUCCUGCCAGAAUUGGACGCACGGAAGCGUGAAGAGGCACAACGUGAAAGAACGCUACAGGAAUGGGCGCCUCGUGAAAGAGACCCGCAUAGGAGAAGCAUACGUGAGAAGAAGCACUUAUUUCCACCUGAAGAAGAUACGUCUCCACGUCCUCUUACAAGGAAAGAUUAUUCUUGA